AUGAGUUCCAUGUUUAAAAAGAAGGGCGGCCUUGCCUUCAAGCCAAAGAUUCCAUCUGCACGCCCACGCCCCGCGAUCCCCGCUACAGAUGAUGUCUCUGGCCUGAAACCUCAAGAACACAUCCAACCGCCUGAUGAACAGCAACCAAGCGCUCCAGAGACACCAGCGGCACCUCCUACUGCGGCGGAAGAAGCCGCGACGAUAAGCCCACAGCAUUUUGAACCACCGAUUGUCCAUAAGCUACGAGAGCCACUUCCCGUCAUCGCAGAUGACAACAUUGCGCCGGAACUGCGAGAUCCACCACGCCCGACUCCAAAUAUCCAAGACACUGCGCCCGAGACAGCGAUAAAUCCGCAUAUAUCGGAAGCCUCACCGCCCACAACGCAAGAAACCACACCAGCUGCUACUCCAGUACCAUCUGCCGGCCCGAAAACAAGAAGUAGGAGGAAAGCGCCCGACUCGGCGGCGGAGAAUGUGGAUGGAGAUGUGGAUGCCGAAGCACGGCCGAAGAAGCGGCAGCGCAAGGCACCGACAAACGAAGAUGGUACCACGAAGCCCAGACAGCGCAAAUCAUCCUCUCGGGAUGGAACAACAACACCCCAAACACGAGCGAGGCGAGCCCGCUCAGUAACACCAGAUGAUGCAGAAACACAAGUCGUGGAUUUGCAGAGCCUGAAAAUGACCGACUUGACGAAAGACUUGCACAUUGGCAAGAAAUUCAGCCGUCACGACGAACUUCGAGAGCGAGAACGACAGUCUAGGUUAAAGUCCAAACUCAAGAAGGUGCUCGGUGACAGCAGUCGCGAUGGGUCAGAAGUCCCAGAGACGCCCCCAGACGACCCGUCGGUCAAAAGCAAGAGCGCUACGCCGACUGCCUUGUCCACGCCGGCGCCACCACCUGCUUCCGGUCCUCAAUUCCGCAUCGUCGACGGCCAGAUCAUCAUCGAUCAAAGCUCGCUGGUUAUGGACAGACAUGCUCGCGCCGCGGCGACAAGGGGGGACAUGGAAACCGUCGAAGAAAACGACUUCACGCGGCUCAUCACCAGCAGCUCCUUUAUGAACACCUCCAAGCUAAAAGGACCCAACAUCUGGACCGAAGAAGAGACCGAGCUGUUCUACCGCGGCCUGCGCAUGUUCGGCACAGAAUUCGAGAUGAUCUCCAAGAUGUUCCCCAACAAGCAGCGGCGACACGUCAAGCUCAAAUACAACCGCGAAGAGCGCCACUGCCCGCACCUCAUCAACGCAGCCCUCAUAGGCGAAAAGACGGUGCGCAUCGACAUUGACGAGUACAAGGCCUUCACGGGCAUAGAGUUCGAGUCCGUCGAGUCCAUCGAAGCAGAGCAGCGCAAGAUCCAGGAGGACUUCGAGGCCGAGCAGAAGCGCAUCGCCGACGAGCAGGCCGAGGUCAUGCGAAAGAGGCGCGAGGAGCUGUUCGCCGAUGAGGACGGCAACGAGGACGGCAAGAAAAAGAAGAAGGGCAAGAAGAAGGGGAAACAGACUGUGCAGUACGGGCUGAAUGGAGAACCGAUUCUUGCAGGGGAAGCUUGA